ACAUUCACUCAUGCGUGUCACCAUCAAAAUCACUAUCCCCUGCUUCCUACUACUCGUAAUAUCUGCCUAUUUUGGAGCCAAAACCAACCACAGAGCCGAAACCAAGGACUACCUGAAUUUUACAGAAGCAGACGUACGGUGGAAUGGCAACCUCAAUGAUGGCUUCACUGAGCUUGAAACCGUCUCCGUUCAUCGUCGAGAAAUCGGCCGUCAGAGGCGUUCCUUCUCUUGCCCGGAGCAAGCCAAGGACUUUCAAGAUCGAGGCUAGCGGUAAGAAGCUCAAGACCGACAAACCUUACGGAAUCAACGGCGGCAUGACCUUGAGGGAGGGCCUCGAUGCCUCCGGAAGAAAGGGAAAGGGAAAGGGUGUGUACCAGUUCGUUGACAAAUAUGGAGCUAAUGUUGACGGAUACAGUCCCAUCUACAAUGAAAAUGACUGGUCUCCAAGUGGUGAUGUUUACGUUGGAGGUCCUACUGGGUUGGCAAUAUGGGCUGUUACCCUGCUUGGCAUCCUUGCAGGUGGUGCUCUUCUCGUUUACAACACAAGCGCUUUGGCACAGUAGAUAUUGUUACUUUAAUCCUGUAAUCUGUAAUGUAUUAUAGCCUUGUCUAUUGCUACUCUCUUUAACAAUAUAUUUUCAAAAGCUAUUUUGGAUAUCCUUUUGUGUGUAAUGUUUUUGCCUUUGAUUGAUUCAUGGGUCUUUUUAGCUUCUAAUAUCCUUCUGCAUUGCUGUCUGGCUCUAUUCUUCUCAAAAGAAUAGGGUAAUAAAUGUGUUUAUCACAG